AUGUUCAUAUGUUUCAGUAAAAAGUUAUUGGUUAUUCAAGCAUGGAGUAUCGAUUUCUCUGUGGAUUUUGCUUUUGCGAUUAAAAGGAACUUAGAACAUACAACGUUUAAGGCAUCGACGACUCAGGAGUGUAAGUUGUUGAUAUUUGCUUUAGCUGUUGAUUGCGUUCUGCUCUACGGGUUGCUCAUCAGCUCUACUCAAGGUGAAGUAGGAAGAAAAGUUCUAGCAGAUAUUAGUAAUUCUCACGGUUAUCUUCAAAAGAAUGAAGCUUUUAAUGGCUCCAAAUCUGGAAAAGUUAAAAUGGAAAAAGUAGCAUAUUCUCAACGGGCUUCAAUUUCUACAAAAUCAAGGGAUGCGAGUUCUUUAUCAGGGAGCAGUGUUGGAAGCCAGAGUGAAGCUGUUGAAAGUCGUGUUACACAGGGGUAGAGUUUUUUUAGGAGUUUGGCUGAAUAAGAAGCUUUACAUGAUUCUGACUGAAAAACAAUAUGUUUGUGAGCGCAAGGCUGCUGCUGGUCUCUUUAAUUAGGAGGAAGAUAUAUAUGUGCCAAGAGCACCUGGAACAUUAGAUGUUAUUGGAGGAAUUGUUGACUACUCUGGAAGUCUUGUUUUGCAGAGAAGCUUGUCAUAAUGUUGUUCAAAAAAUCCAGCCAAGUAAACAGAGGUUAUGGAAGCAAAUGUGCUCCAGAUUGUAAGUUCAACAUAAUCUUUAUAAAUAAUGCAUUUUCCUUUUAAUAAUUUCCACUUAUAAAGUAAUGAAAAAUAGGGUAAGUUACAUUUUUUGUCCCUGUGGUUUGGAUUUGGUCCAAUAUAAAUGGCCAUUUAUAUAUAUCAUAUAGCUUAUUGACACCAAGGAUUCAAAUGUGCUUUUUUGUUUUGAUUCAUUUCUUUGCAUUCCAAGUCAAUACCGAAUUGAUUCACAGAGAGAUGUACAAACUAUCAUAUUUGCAAUGCAAGUAGGAUGCUAAACCCCUAGCUGAACACCCAGAAAGCAAAAUAUUAUACCAUUUGGAAGAAGAUCUUUAGGGAGCAAAGAAGGGCACGCAAUGAUGAGAAGCAAUCCAUUGUUGAUGCUGUUUUUUAUAAAUCAUGUAGAAUGUAGUGUUAUGUACACAAAUGAUAAGGCAUGUGAAGAUUAUUCAAAUUUCCUCAAG